UCUAAUUUUUUCUAUUCAAUCUAGCCGACAAUAUGAUUUCACAAUUUUUUAAAUAAUUUUACAUAAAUCCAUUUCCAUGGCCCACAAAUCCUUCAAUUUCUUGAUUGAAUAAGAAAGGAAGAAGCCAGAAAAGGCAUGCCAUCUUCUGCAUAGGGUAUGGAUGCUACAGGACACAAAUUUGCUGUGACUUAUCAAAGUGGUGGAAGAUAGUUACCAGAAUUUCUAAGGGUUGUAAGACUUUUAUGAUCAAUUGCUGCUUCUAAACUCUAAUUUGUAGAUACUAUAAAAAAGUUCAACUCUUAAUCAUGCUUCAAACUAGAAUGAAGGUUGAUCAUGAGUUUUUCAUCAUUUUUCUACUGCUACAAAGUAAAAGUUUGAAACUUUGAGUACAGUAUCAUUGGUAAAGAACCUUUGUUGUUUUUGAAUCAAUAAUAUGGGCUGUUAUUCUUGUUUUUUCUUGAUCUGUGUUCUUCACUCUGCAAUAGCACUUACCAGUGGGGCCUUAAUGGUAUUCUACACCAAAGAGAUAUUUAUCAUUGGGCAUGGAAUUGAAACAGCAAGCAAGCUUCAAGGGUCAACACCCCAUGAUCAGCUUCUGAUUCAAACCUCAGAUUCAUUCUCAGGGUUGCUGCUGUUCACAAUUGGGUUCCUUGUGUUCAUGGUUUCUAGUGUGAAGGACAGUGAGUUCCAAAGCUUCUUUGCAAAAGGGUGUGUGCUCCUUCACAUUUCAAUGGCUAUUUGGAGGUUCUGCUUUGAGAGGGAGGUUGAGGAUCUUGCAUAUGAUUGGCCAAGGCAUGCUGUUGGAGACAUUGCUUUGGCCAUUUCAUGGGUCUUCUUUCUUGUCUACUCAUGGGGUGAAAAAUAUGAUUAGUUGUUUUUGUUAUUGUAAAUAUAAUUAUGUAGUUUGUCAAUAAUAGAGGAGUAAGUAUUUUGUAAUUUGUAAAUUAAGAAAUACUACUUGAAUAUGUGUUGUUAAGAAGGGUUUAGUUUUUGAAGAAUUAAGUGCAAGUUAUCUUUGUUAUUGUUGUGGAUGUUUUUGAGUUUGAGGAAGAAAAUUGCUGUUUUGGUAGGUCGGGAAACACAGGUUACUUUUGGUAGUUGUGGUCAUGUGUAUCAGAUUUUCACCUAGUAAAUUCUUACCUCUAUUGGAUCCUUAA